AUGAAGUUCUCUAUUGUUGCUCUCGUCCUGGCUGCCACCUCGGCCAUUGCUACCCCCAUCGUCACCAAACGCGAUGGCACAUUCGUGAUCAGCGGGCUCAAGGCGCGCGAGUCUCUCUCCAACACCAUGAGCUUCAAGCUUCUUGACGGUGAUGCCUCCAUUGACUGCAACCUGAUCUGGAGCGCGAAAGAACCAGAAGAGAAUGCCCGCUGCAACGACGGCAAGCAUCUUAUCCAGUUCCCCGAUGGUUUCGACUUCAAAAAGUUUACCCUGGCCAUUGAGCGCAUCGAGCCCAACCCUAUCGGUGGCCGGGCUUACCUCGAUGCUACCGAUGGGAAGUGGAACUGCGUCGACAACCCGGAGGACCACGUCUACACGGACUGCACCUUUGAGCGAUCCACGAAGAAGCGCUGGGGGUCGAAAUCGAAUGUAGCGAGGAUAAUACAAUUAAUUCAUGUUAUUGACAACCAAUUGUCCGGGACACAUCAAGAUAUAAUGGAGAAUGAAACUGCCGUAAUGUGGUGGUAUUGCCAUGUUGCUAUGCCGAUCUUCUAUAAAGGCUUCUUGACCUCACCACCGGUUAUUCCCAACCAUUGCCGAGGACCCGAGGGUGGGACUGUAAUCAUGGCAACCCGAACAGAGCGUUUAGCGACCUGGGCCUCCGGACUCCAGUAUGAUGAUAUCCCGCAGGAUGUGAUCCAGCGGACCAAAGACCUCUUCCUGGACUGGUUCGGCUGCACUAUUGCUGGUCGCCACCAUCCGGCUGUAAAGGCCAUUGCGAUCUUUGUACAGCAGAUGGGCCCCACGUCGGGGAAAAGUGAGUUGGUAGAUCACGAGCUGGGUUUCAGCACCAGCCCGGCCUUUGCAGCAUUGGUGAAUGCAGCGUCGUCGCACGUUGUGGAGCAGGAUGACUUGCACAAUCGGAGUAUCAUGCAUCCGGCGACGGUUAUCUUCCCUGCUGCUUUGGCCGUGGCUCAGGAUCUGGGUGCGAAUGGCAGAGACUUCAUUACGGCCUGCGUGGUUGGGUACGAGGUAGGAUGUCGGGUGGGUGAAUUCCUUGGGAAGAGUCACUAUGCACGUUUCCAUUCUACUGCAACUGGUGGGGUCAUUGGUGUGGCCGCUGCAACUGCCCGUCUUUUGGGCCUCGACUCCGCAGCCAUGCUAUCGUCAAUCGGAACAGCAGGGACCCAGGCGGCGGGCUUAUGGCAAUUUCUCUCGGACGCCACGCAUUCAAAGCAAGUUCACACGGGCAAGGCCUGCUUCGAUGGAAUAUUCGCCGCUUACGCCGCGAAGUCCGGGUUAUUGGGGCCUAAGGACGUUCUGGAAGGGCCUAAGGGUAUGGGUGUCGCACUUGUCCCCGAUACUCCCAUCCCCAGCGCAAUUGACACAGAUCUUGGACUUGAUUGGGCAGUGUUGGGAAGUAGUUUCAAAUGGCACGCAUCAUGUCGCCAUACCCAUCCAAGUGUUGACGCAUUGCUGCAAAUUAUCUCCACGUAUGGGAUCAAAUUCGAAGACAUUGACUCAGUCGUAACGAGAACAUACCAAGCAGCAUUGGACGUUCUCGGACUCAGUGGACGGGGUGAAACGAUUCAUCAGAGCAAAUUCAAUAUGGGAUUCGUUCUCGCCGUAACGGCCCAGAAGGGACAGGCGUUGAUAACGGAUUUCACAGAGGAAGCGCUACAGGAUGCAUCCUUGAGGGAGUUCCAGGAUCGUGUUAAGAUGGAAUUGGAUGAAGAGAUAAAUGCGGCGUUCCCGCAAAAGUGGCAGGGCAAGGUAAUUGUAACUUGCAAGUCCGAUGAAAGGUAUGAGCAGUUUGUGGAAUAUUUGAAAGGAGAUCCCCAGAGUCCAUUGACGAGGACGGAGAUUGAAACUAAAGUUAAGGCCCUGGCCCAGUAUAGUCAAGUGAAAGACACGGACCGGAUCCAGCAAAUUAUCGCCAGGGCAUGGGACCUCGAGAAUCAAGACAGCCUCAGGGAACUCUGGCUCUAG